AUGUUCCUUAAGCCCACAGCAAAGACUCAGCCUGUAAAGGCGACGAUAGACCCCAAGUUGCAACCAUGGGUCGAGAAAUACCGUCCAAAGACGAUGGACGAGGUAUCUUCACAAGAUCAUGCUGUAUCUGUUCUUAAAAAGACACUACUCACGACAAACCUGCCACAUAUGUUGUUCUAUGGACCCCCUGGUACAGGAAAGACGUCGACAAUCCUUGCGCUUGCUCGAGAACUCUUUGGCCCGGACCAGUUUCGCCACCGCGUUUUGGAACUCAACGCAUCAGACGAGCGCGGCAUUGCCAUCGUCCGGGAAAAGAUCAAAGACUUUGCUCGUCAAACUCCAAAAGCUGUGACCUCUGCCGCCUCGGAUGGCAAAGUCUAUCCAUGCCCGCCCUACAAACUCAUCAUCCUCGACGAGGCCGAUUCGAUGACACAGGAUGCACAAGGAGCACUCAGGAGAAUUAUGGAAACAUACGCAAAGAUUACUCGAUUCUGCCUCAUCUGCAACUAUGUCACGCGCAUCAUUGAACCGCUCACAUCUCGCUGUUCCAAGUUUCGUUUCAAGCCAUUGGAUACAUCCUCUACAUCUAUCAGACUAAAAGAGAUUGCAGCGGCGGAGAAUGUUGAAGUGAGCGACGACGUAGUGUCUGCCCUCGUUACCACCUCGGGGGGUGACUUGAGGCGAGCGAUUACCUAUCUCCAAAGUUGCUCUCGAUUAGCGCACGCGACGGUUGACGAAGUCAACAAAGCCCCUCAGAAGAUCCGACCAGAGGAUGUGCAGGAGAUUGCAGGGGUCGUUCCCGACCAUGUCAUAGAGAGUUUCGCGGCCGUAUUAGGAGUCGAAGUUGACGGCGCCUCUAAAAACAGCAUGUCAAUCGACAACGCUACUGUUCGAGCCAAGACUUUCGACGAUGUUCGGAAAAAGGUGAAGGAAAUUUCGAGAGAGGGCUAUAGUGCGGCCCAAAUCUUGUCACAGCUGCACGACGUUGUCAUCCUGCAUCCACGGUUGGACGCAAGGCGAAAGGCUGCUUGCGCACUCAUUCUCGGAGAAGCAGACAAGGCUCUCUGUGACGGGGCGGAUGAAGAGUUGUGGACGUUGGAGACGGGGUUGCGCAUCUGGAAGGCGUUGGCGGUAUGA